GUACAUACCUGCAUGCAAGAGCAAAGGCACGGGAGGCAGAAGAUACGGACAACGUGCCUGCUACAGAUACUGAAAUGGGCAGAGGCAAACGUCGCCGCCGAAAUGGCCAUGAAAUGCCAGACGAACCAGAUCUAAGGAGCUCCCCAUCUCCAUCCAGCAGCACGGAGUUGGAACCAGGCCUUCAUGCAAGUGCACUUGGGACACCACCACGUUUCGUCAGCGAUGAUAGCCCCCAGAGCCCACAGAUCACACCUGUACCUCUUCUUGAAGCAGAGCACCAGAGCCAACAGAGCUCACCUGUACCUCCUGUUCAAGCAGAAUAUGAGCACGGAGAUCGCCAGCCGGCAUUCAUGGAACCACAUGCACGUCAUGGAUCGAGUCUGCAAAUUGACGCGCCACAAAUGCAUCAGAGCCAAGAAAGCAUGCGAGUACCUCUUGUUCAAGCUAGAUGUGAGCACGGAGAUCGCCAGCCGGCAUUCAUGGAACCACAUGCACGUCAUGGAUCGAGUCUGCAAAUUGACGCGCCACAAAUGCAACAGAGCCAAGAAAGCAUGCGAGUACCUCUUGUUGAAGCUAGAUAUGAGCAUGGAGAUCGCCAGCCGGCAUUCAUGGCGCAACAUGCACGCCUUGGAUCAAGUCUGCAAAUUGACACACCAGUAAUGCAUCAGAGCCAAGAAAGCAUGCGAACACCUCUUGUUGAAGCUAGAUAUGAGCACGGAAACUGCCAGCCGGCAUUCGUGGAACCACACGCACGUCGUGGAUCGAGUCUGCAAAUUGACGCACCAGUAAUGUUCCCAGAUGUCCAGAAUCGUGACAGAACGUACUGCACCUUGACUCCUUCAAACCAAAGCACGACGUUCCCACCACUGCAAGAGAGGCCUCCUGCCUUGCGUGCUCCGCAAAGUCAAGAAAAAAUUCUGAAAGAGUUGGAACGAAUUCGACUGCAAAAUGAAACCAUCAUUCAAAUGUUGACUGCUAUAGUUCCAAGGCACACAGACCAACUGGGCAACUUUACAUUCCCGUUAAGUAGUCGGGAAGAUGUUUCAUCUCUUGAAGAUCAACUUGCAAGUAGCAUGGAGCUCAGACGAGAACUGGUUAAGCGUUUGGCAGCCAUUGGUGGUGGAACGACUGGUCAGGCGGUGCGAGCUCAACUGAGAUUCAUUUUUGAAGACUCCCUGGCCUCUCUGUAUAGUUACACUGGAUGGAAAGCAAAAGAGAAUUUCUCCCACCUACAUCUCUGCGAUAUUAUUAAAGGCCCAAUUAGCUUAGUGGGCCUGGAAAACUGGCAAAACUUGAUGUGCAUAUCUGCAUUAGUGGCAUACUUGGUGUGA